GAUGGCGGAUAAGGAGGAGAAGCCUGUGGGAGAGGAGGAGGACGAGACAGACCUGAACUACACUCCUCCAGCCCAGAAGAGCCUGCAGGAGAUACAGGAACUAGACAAGGAUGAUGAGAGUCUCAGGAAAUACAAACAGACUCUACUAGGAGCUGGACCAGUGGUGGCAGACCCGAACAUUCCCAAUGUCCAGGUCACCAGACUGACCCUGAUGUGUGACCAAGCACCUGGCCCCAUCACCAUGGACCUCUCAGGGGACCUGGAGGCUCUGAAGAAGAAGAGUUUCACCAUGAAGGAAGGAGUGGACUACAGAGUGAAGAUACAUUUCAAGGUUAACAGAGAUAUUGUGUCUGGGCUGAAGUACGUCCAUCUGACCUACAGGAAAGGAAUCAGAGUGGACAAGGCGGUGUACAUGGUGGGCAGCUACGGGCCGCGGGUGGAGGAGCACGAGUUCAUGACCCCGGUGGAGGAGGCGCCCAAAGGCAUGAUUGUCAGAGGCAGCUACCACAUCAAGUCCCACUUCACCGAUGACGACAAGACCGACCACCUCUCCUGGGAGUGGAACCUGGGGAUCAAGAAGGACUGGGACGAAUAGAGAGGAGCCUCAUUCCUCUCUCCCUCCUUCCCUCUCCCUGUGUCUCCACCUCUCCCUUUCCCCUUCCUUCUUACCCCUUCUCUCCCCUGUCUCCCCCACUUUCAUCCCU